AUGGUUGAUACAACAAAAAGAUCUCGAAACAAACUAAAUGAAGACUCUAGUGAUUACGAGGAGUAUAAUAACGAAUUCGGAUUUCAAAAGGAUCAUAGUCGUAAAAGACAAAGAAAAAUGAUUAGUAUGCAAGGUUUUGAAUCAGACUCAUCUGACGGUGUCUUAGAUGAGGAAGAUGAUGAAGAAAAUAGAGACCAAAAAAAUAUUGGGUUAGAUAAUAAUUCUGAAAUGAUUAAUAAAGAUUUGAAUGUUUUUGAAGAUGAAGAUGACAAUAAUGAUUUUCUAACUCAGCUGCAUAAUACUGAUAAAAAUGAAAAUAAUGAAGAUCGUACAGCAUCCUUUAACAUUUUUAAAUCUGAUGAUCAUAAUGGUAAUAAUCCUAAAACUUCAGUGAAGAUAAAUCAUGAUAGCAAUGAACAAGAGAAUUCUUUAAACUUGAACCAAGAAAUUGAAGAAAUACCAAUAGAAGCCUUUAAUCUAGAAGACGAAAAUAUAAAUGGCAGAUUUGAUGCAGAAGGUAAUUAUACAAGAAGUAUAGCUGAUCUUAAAGAAGAAGAGGAAGAGAAAAGCUAUCAAAAUCAAGAUAAAUGGAUUGACGAUUAUAAUGACGAUAUUCAUCAAACAUUUGAAGCACAAAGGAAAAGAACAGAAAUGGUAGCAAAAAAGCAAAAGGAAAUCAAGAAAUCUAGAAGGCAUUACAUGUUAGAUGUUGCUUUAUCCCGUUUACUCUAUUUUUUAAAAAAAAAUAAAACCAUUAUGCAAUCCAUUUCAGAGUUGCAUAAUAUUCGAAAUAAACUGAAUACCAUGAAUAAAAUAAAUAAAGAGCUUGAUCGUGACAAAACUAAUAACGAAAUUAAAAAAAAAUAUAUAAGUAACGGAAUUCAGAUGAUUAUUGAAAUAAUUGAAAUAUUAGAACAGAAGGGAAUUGAAAACGUUUACGAAUUGGAUAGACCUAAACUGCUAUCCCUAAUACGAGAGGAAUCAUUAGAUGCCACAGAUGAUAUAGAUUCUGAAAAACACAAUUAUAGAAUUAAAAGAUGGCAAUUUAAAUGGCAAAAUGAUUUAAAUAAGAUUCAUGGUGUAUAUACUAAUUACGAGAUGCAAUAUUGGAAGCAAACGUAUUUUAAUGAUCAAGUUCUUAUAAAGAAUGUGAAUGAUAAAGAUCAAGAAAAUAAUUGGGUGCAUGUCUCAUGUCUUACUUUCAUAUAA